GCUCUUCUUCUACUACGUCACUUCCUCCCUCCUCUCUCGCUUCCAUCUUGCUCCCCGCAUGUGUUUGCUGUUAGUUUACAGAUGAAAGAAGCAAUAAUGAAUCAAGAAAAACUUGCAAAGUUACAAGCGCAAGUCCGCAUCGGUGGAAAGGGAACAGCUCGCAGAAAGAAGAAGGUGGUCCACAGAACAGCAACCGCAGAUGACAAGAAGCUACAGUUCUCCUUAAAGAAACUCGGUGUGAACAACAUCUCCGGCAUUGAGGAGGUCAACAUGUUUACAAAUCAAGGAACAGUCAUCCAUUUCAACAAUCCCAAAGUGCAGGCCUCCCUCGCAGCCAACACCUUCACCAUCACCGGCCACGCUGAGACCAAACAGCUGACUGAGAUGCUGCCAGGCAUCUUGAACCAGCUGGGAGCAGACAGCUUGACGAGCCUCAGGAGACUCGCCGAGGCUCUGCCCAAGCAAGCUGCAGAUGGAAAAGCGCCAAUUGCUGCAGUAGAAGAAGAAGAUGAUGUUCCAGAUCUGGUGGAGAAUUUCGAUGAAGCAUCCAAAGAUGAGGCCAACUAGAGGGACUGGGACUCCAGAGUGUUGAAACUUGACAGGACCAUGUGGGGCACAAGAUGUAAUGUCCUUUUUCAAGGGGUGGAAAAUGUAACAGUUAAAGUACCUGAGAAGAUGGAAAAACACGUCAAAUUCUUUUUGGCUUGUGAGCAUUCUGUAACAUGUGCAACACCUGAAAGUACUUGCAUACUCUUAAGUGAAUUAUUUUUGAGUAACUUUUUUUUAGAAUAGUACUCUGUAUUAAAUCUCGAGUAGCAGUAUUUCCAUGAAAGGUAUUUUAGUACUCAUUCCACCUCCUCUUUGCCACCAGACUUCCUUAAUGCUUGUGCUGUGUGGUCAGAGUGAGAGUGUUUGUAAAAAUGUGGUGUUAAAGGCUCACGUUGUCCUUCUGUUUCCUCCAUGUUACUGACCCCUUAAAUCUGUGGCCUCCCUAAAAACACCAUAUCUGGAAUAAACCUUUGCUACUGUCAAUAAAUAGCUAAAAAUUCA